GGGGCUUUCUGGGGUGGGGGGUGGAGAGAGAGAAGGAAAGUCAGUCUCUUUCCUCUUGCACUCUCUUUCUGAAGUAGAAGCUCAGUGUCUGGAGAGAGGAGGCAAUUCUGGCUACACACGAGGACUGAGCCGGCCACCCUCCUCGUCCCAGGACCAAGACGCCUGCCUGAAGGCAAGAUGUCCCAGCUGUCUGUCAAAGAACAUCUGGAUGGGAUUCUCUCUGACUUUGAAGCCCUCAAGAGGUCCUUUGAUAUGGAAGAUGCUGAAGAGGUGAAGGCUUUCCCACCUUCCUCCCCACCUAGGUCGCCCCUCGGCCCAAGCCCACCUGGUGUCAUCCACUCCACAGGCAAUGGAGAAGGGAAAAGGUUGGGGCCCCCUAUCCAGCCCACGCACCAAGCCCACAUCAGCCUGAGCUCCAGCCCCAGCCCAGCCCACAGCCCCAUUCUCAAGUCAAGAAUCGGGAGCAGUCUCUCUUUCAACCGAGGCACCACCCACCCGCCUCGGGCCAAUGGGACCAACCUCAACAGGGUCUCGUCCUUCCAAACACGGCUAAACCCCAACGGGCUCUCUUCAACCUUGGGGCCAGAAAGCGACAAUGAGAGCCUCCACAGCUCUUCCUCCAGCUUAGAGUGCCCUGUGGCCUCUAAAGGCCCUCGGAGCAGCACCCAGCAAUCUGAAUCUCUGGGAAUCGGGGCCUCCCACCUCCCUAGUCCCAUCCUCAAGAAGUUCUCCUCUUACGGCAACGUCUUCCAUGCCGAGGUGGGCCGACCCAUCCGACAGGUCUCCAAGGCCACCGCCAACCACAGCUCAUUGCCAUCACUUGACCUGCACAUUGCUGAAGACCAGGGACCCAGCCCGACGCUCUGCUCCACGCCAAACAUGGACUCUGCCAUCCUUCGGAGCUCCGGAAAACACAACUUCGUCUCCCCACUGCCGAAGAACAGCCUUCUGAUAAGAAAGGAGUCCCCCGUUCCUCCAUUGGAGGUAAGCCAGAUGGCAACUGGGAGCCCUCCUGGUGUGGUCCCCAGGCAGACGACGAAGUUGCAGAAAUUUCCCAUCAGCCUGGAUGGGUUAAUUGGGAAGACUCCGGAGAGUAUCGUCCCAGCAGUGGUGACUGACUCUAGGGCCAGACCGUUAUCUAAGGCACAGCUUCAGGUGAGUCUUGGCACCAGCCCCGGACUGUCCCACCAACCCCAAGAAGUAGCCAGGGAGGAUAAAGCUGUCAAGGACAGUGUUUCCCUGCCGCCAUCUUCUGGAACAGUUUCAGGGAUAGGAGGCAGUGAGGGUUUGGCAGUAGCGCCUCAGGCUGCUUCCUUCCGGCUGGUGUCAGAGCCUCACAUAGCACAGGUCACUUCUCAGCCCUCCUCUCUCGGGUACCAAGCGACGGUGCCUCCGCAAGGUAUCCCAGCUGUAUCCAUCCUGAGAGAAUGCAGCGGUGCCCCGGCUGAGAAGAUCGACUCAGCUUUCUCCCAAGAGGCCUCCAAGCUUCAGACUCUCCUUGUGGGAACAAACAGGUCUCUAGAGGUGUCCCUGGAGAAGAAGGAUUUACAAGACAUAUUGAAGGAAGAGAGUAGCCCUGAGCCUCAGCGGAGGAGCAUGGAGGAGCAGCCGGCAAGAGAGCAGCUAUCCCGGGAUGGCCCUUCCGUUAGCACAGGAGACCAGAAGCUCUUUGGCUAUGUGGGGAUCGAGGCCGUGAUGGACCAGAUGCGGAUCAAGACCAUGAAGACCGGCUUCGAAUUCAACAUCAUGGUUGUAGGUCAAAGUGGCCUCGGCAAAUCCACCAUGGUGAACACGCUCUUCAAAUCCAAGGUCAGCCGGAAACCGACAGGCUCCGGUUACGAGGAAUGCAUUCCCAAGACCUUGCAGCUGCUCUCUGUCACUCGCGUUGUUGAAGAGAAAGGUGUGAAGAUGAAGCUGACGGUGACAGACACGCCAGGAUUUGGGGAUCAGAUUAACAAUCAAAACUGCUGGGACCCAAUCAUCGAAUAUAUCAACGACCAGUACGAGCGAUACCUGAGAGAAGAGAUCCUCAUCAACCGCAAACGGAAGAUCCCCGACACUCGAGUCCACGCCUGCGUAUAUUUCGUGCCACCAACGGGCCACUGGUUGCGCCCCUUGGAUCUGGAGUUCAUGAGGCGGCUCAGCAAGAUCACCAACGUUGUGCCUGUGAUCGCCAAGGCCGACACUCUGACCUUAGAGGAACGCGCAGAGUUCAAACGGAGGAUUCAGGAUGACUUGAAGGCCCACGGAAUCCAUGUUUACCCCCAAGAGGACUUGGAUAGCGACCCCGAUGACAGGCUUUUGAACGACAAAAUACGGGAGAAAAUCCCCUUUGCAGUGGUGGGAGCCGACAAGGAGCACCAGGUGAACGGGAAGAAAGUCCUGGGCCGCAAGACCAAGUGGGGGAUCAUCGAAGUGGAAAACCCGGCCCACUGUGAGUUUCCUCUGCUGCGGGACCUCCUCAUCCGAUCCCACCUGCAGGACCUCAAGGACAUCACCCACAGUGUGCAUUACGAGCAGUACCGGGCCCAGCGCCUCAACGAGAACAACCUCCUGGCCACGGGCGGCAAGCAGCUGGCCCUGAGCUGCCUCAACGGAGAGUUGGAGAGCCAACUUUGAGCUGCGGGGACAGCCUGGCCCCUCUUCCUCCUCUCCAGCCUCAACAGACACCCUCCACCAAUAGCUUCAGUGGACUGGUUCCCCUCUCCCUCCCCCUGAACCCCCUCUUCCGGGAACAGCUGGAGCAGAGUUCCUGAGCCCCCAUCUCCUCUGAGCACAAGAAGCAGCUCUUGACUGGGAAAUCUCAACUUCGCUGCCGGGCGCCUUCCUGCCCCUUCCCUUCUGUCUGCCUCCUGCUCAGCCUCACACCUCAGAGCAGAAGGACACUGGGAGGGCGAGAGAGCCCAGCAGCCCACCUUCCACCUCUCCACCCUUGGCAUCUCACAUGGGACACCGUCCUUUGCCUUGGCUCAGCCUCUGCUUCUGAGCCAAGCAGUGCAUGUGGCCCUGGGGAGACCUCCUUGCCGCCUGUUGAGGCUGUCCUUGCCCCCUUCCAGACUCCAUUGCUCUGUCAGGCAACCCACUUGUCCCAACAGGCCCUGGCAGAGCCGGCCAAUUUCUUUCCUUAACCCUUAAAUGACACCACACCCAUGUGUGUUUCUUCUAUGACAUUUUUAUCUCCAAUAUGCUGGCAAUACUAGGACAGUUCUCCUUCGUAUUCGUUGGUUGGCAGAGGGGGCGUGGGGAGGGGGGAAGGCAGGUAGCAGAGAGCUUUUGAAGGGCCUGUAAUGCAUGAAAGGUUAAGUCUGCCAUCCCUGGGGGCAAAGAGGGAGCCCCAUUCCAGACCCUCCCAGGCUGGGGUUCUAGCAACUGUCAUAGCCCACAUGCGAAAGCAAAGAGAAUCUUCUGGAGAAGUUUCCGCCUCCCAGUGUUCCUGCAGGACUUCAGACUGGCUCUUUGGACCACCCUCAGUUUGUAAGAACCAGGGAGGGGGCGUCAUUUGAAGGCUACUGCAUCAAGCCAGGAGGCCAAUAACUGGCUUGUACAAUAAAAGCAUCUGUGCUGAUUGGAGCAAAAUUCCCUCUUCCUAUCUCUUGCCCCAGAGAAGAGUCUGGGGUAAUUAAGAGAAGACCAUUUUCCAGCUGGUCCCUUGUUGAUGCAGGAGCAGUACAGGAGAACAGCGCCAUCUCCUGGAAGGAGGUCAGCCUGCCCAGGCUCAUGUUUUCAUCCUUCUACUUUUAUACUCUUGGGCAGGGGGCCUGUGGGCAGAUUGUGCUUCUCCAGUUAAUCCAUUAAAGAGCAACUGUAGAAGGUU